AUGUCAGUGAUAGUAAGGCAGAUUUUCAUGGGGCUCCUGCUGACAUUUGGAGCUGUGGAUGGAGCAGCGGAUGAAGCAGCGAAUCGGGAACCUCCUUUGUGCCAGAUCCUGGGGAGUCUAGAGUUACCUCUGCUGUCGAAAGAAGGAGAUGUUAUGAUCGGGGGAGCCUUUUCCAUUCACAGCAAAAUCCCAGAACCUACACUUUCCUUUACAGAGAAACCAACACGUCUCACAUGUUCGAGUGUCAACCUCAGGGAGUUUAGAUUUGCCCAAACCAUGAUCUUUGCAAUUGAGGAAAUAAACAAAAGUGAUUUUCUUCUUCCCAAUGUUUCUAUCGGAUACCGUGUUUAUGACAACUGUGGCUCAACAUUAUCCUCAAUGCGUGCUGUGAUGGCCCUGAUGAAUGGUGAUGAGUUGACUGUAGGAAAGAGCUGUUCUAGUCAAUCAGCUGUUCAUGCUAUUAUCGGGGAGUCUGAAUCCUCCUCAACCAUUGUGCUUUCCCGCACUACUGGACCAUUUCAAAUACCAGUGAUAAGUCAUUCAGCAACGUGUGAAUGUUUGAGCAACAGAAAUGAGUAUCCCUCUUUCUUUCGAACCAUUGCCAGUGACCUCCACCAAAGCAGAGCCCUUGCCCAGCUGGUCAAGCACUUUGGCUGGACCUGGGUCGGGGCAGUCAACAGCGACAGUGAAUAUGGCAACAAUGGCAUGGCCAUCUUCCUUGCUGCAGCCCAGGAAGAAGGAGUGUGUGUGGCGUAUACAGAGAAAUUUCACAGGGAAGAACCAGAAAAACUCUUAAAAGUGGUAGAAGUGAUCCGAAAGAGCACUGCCCGGGUCAUUGUUGGUUUCCUGGCCCAUGUAGAGAUGAACAACCUCCUAGAGCAGUUGAGUCUGCACAACAUCACAGGUCUGCAGUUCGUUGGUGUGGAGGCCUGGAUCACUGCUGACAGCCUUGUGACUCCUACCAGCUUUAGUGUGCUGGGAGGUUCACUGGGUUUUGCUGUGCAAAAGGCCAAUAUCAGUGGUCUGGAUGAUUUUUUAAUUAAAGAUUUCUGGGAGACAGAGUUUAAGUGCAAGGAGACAAACGGGUCCACCAUGACAGAAACACAACAUUGCAAAGACAAAAACGAUUUAAUUGACCUCAUAAAUUACGAUGAUGAUGUGGCAGAGCUGAGAUACUCCAGUAACAUCUACAAAGCUGUCUAUGCGGUGGCCCAUUCUCUGCAUAUCAUUCUAAAGUGCUUCAAAAGUCAGGGUUGUGACCACACUGUUAAGGUUACUCCCUGGCAGAUGGUGGAGUGUUUAAAGCAGGUGAAUUUUACCAUUAAGAACGGGGACCAGGUGUGGUUUGAUAGCACUGGAGCAGCUGUUGCUCGGUAUGAAGUGGUGAAUUGGCAACGUGGAUCAGAUGACUCAAUCCAGUUUAAACCUGUCGGCUACUAUGACGCCUCCCUACCUCCUGGACAGAAGUUUGUCCUUGAGACCAAAGCCAUAAUUUGGCCUGGAGAGAAGAGAGAGUUGCCUGUGUCAGUGUGCAGUGAGAGCUGUCAUCCUGGAACGUAUAAAGUUCUUCAGAAAGGAAAGCCAGUCUGCUGCUAUGACUGUAUACCAUGUGCAGAGGGAGAAAUCAGCAACUGCACAGAUUCUAAUGACUGCAAAAAGUGUCCUGAGGAGUACUGGUCCAAUCAAAACAGAGAUGCAUGUGUACUGAAAAAUGUUGAGUUCCUGUACUUCACAGAGGUUAUGGGUAUAAUACUUGUGUUUUUCACUUUGUUUGGUGCACUUCUCACGUUAAUUGUGGCCACUAUAUUUUUGCGCAAUAAGGACUCUCCCUUGGUAAAGGCCAAUAACUCUGAGCUGAGCUUCCUGCUGCUCUUCUCCUUGACUCUGUGUUUCCUGUGUUCUCUGAACUUCAUAGGCCAACCCUCUGAGUGGUCCUGCAUGCUGCGACACACAGCAUUCGGCAUCACCUUUGUUCUCUGUAUCUCUUGCGUUCUGGGGAAAACUAUAGUGGUGUUAAUGGCCUUCAGGGCCACACUUCCAGGUAGAAAUGUUAUGAAAUGGUUUGGGCCCGCACAGCAGAGACUUACUGUUCUGAUGUUCACUCUUAUACAGGUUUUAAUUUGCAUACUUUGGCUGAUAAUGAAUCCUCCUUUUCCUUUCAAGAAUAUGAAACACUAUAAGGACAAAAUUAUUCUUGAGUGCGCGCUGGGAUCACCUGUGGGGUUCUGGGUUGUGUUAGGAUACAUAGGGCUCCUUGCUGUCCUAUGUUUUGUACUUGCCUUUUUGGCUAGAAAGUUACCUGAUAAUUUCAAUGAAGCUAAAUUUAUCACCUUCAGCAUGCUGAUAUUCUGUGCAGUCUGGAUAACAUUUAUCCCAGCAUAUGUCAGCUCUCCUGGGAAGUUCACUGUUGCUGUGGAAAUAUUUGCUAUUCUGGCCUCCAGUUAUGGGCUGCUUCUCUCUAUAUUUGCACCAAAAUGCUUCAUUAUUGUAUUCAAACCUAAACUGAACACAAAAAAACAUCUGAUGGGGAAAAUGGGAUCCAAUUAA